CAAAAUUCCCUCCCCCAAAAUUUCGGCAAAAGCCCUAGCUGCUCCCUCCUCCAGUCCUCCUCGACUCUCUCGUUGCUCCCUAUCAGGACGUGCACCGACGUCGGAGUCGGAGACGGCGAUAAGAGGCUUAUUAAAUUGAUUUUGUUUCAUCAAUUAGUUCUGAAUUGUGUAAAUGGAAACAAAUAUGGAUAAGAGUUGGAUAAAUUUGCCUAGGCUCGAUCCAAGAUACCUACAAGGGGUUAUAGAUUUCACGGAAUUUGCUUGUAAGAACAUUCUUGAUCGGCAAACAAAAAUUGCAUGUCCGUGUAAGAACUGUCAUAAUUUGGCUAGAAAAAACAUAGAUUUAGUAAAGGAACAUCUUGUCAUGAAUGGAUUACUCCAAGUUAUACCGUUUGGAUUUUCCAUGGGGAAAAAUCACACCCUACAAAUUGUGGUGUUGAAAAUAGUGGAUGUGGCAAUUUUAAUGGGCAAGAUGAGAUGCAAGAAAUGGUGCAUGAUGCAUUUGGAAUUCCGCCAAUUCAAGCCCAUGAUAUUGAUCUUGAUGCACCUCUGGGUGAUGGACAUAAUCUUGAUCCACCUUUGGGUGAUGGACAUACUCUUGAUGAAGAAACUACCAAGUUUUUUAAGCUUUUGAAGGAAGCUGAGAGAGAGUUAUACCCAGGGUGUCAAAAGUUCGCAUUGCUCUCAUUCAUUGUUGCAUUGAUGCACAUUAAGUGCCUAUGUGGUCGGAGUAACAAGUCUUUUACCAUGUUGCUUAAGCUGUUGAAGAAAGCCUUGCCUGAAGGUGAAAUAUUGCCUAAUUCUUUUACUGCGCACAGACAACUGUUGGGUGGUUUGGGCCUUGAGUAUCAUAAAGUUCACGCAUGCCCUAGAGAUUGCAUGUUGUAUUGGGGUGAAGAUGCAAAGCGAGUUGAUUGUAAAGUCUGCAAUGUUCCUGGAUAUAAGCCAGAGGAGCAAACAGAUGGAUCAAAAAAACGAGGCAAAAUUCCGCAAAAGAUUGUUAGGUACUUUCCAUUGAUACCUAAGCUAAAAAGAUUUUACUCGUCCAAAAAGACGGCUGGCUUAAUGAGAUGGCAUGCAGAGAACCCAGCUCCUAUUGGCAUUUCGAGGCAUCCCGUUGACUCCGAUAUAUGGAAACUCUAUGAUAACCUCCAUCCGGAUUUUGCUCAAGAUCCUCGCAAUGUCAGGCUUGGGUUAGCAUCUGAUGGCUUUAACCCAUAUCGUACAAUGACUACCACUUAUAGCAUUUGGCCCGUGGUGAUGAUGACAUACAAUUUACCACCUUGGUUGUGCAUGAAACAACCUUAUAUGAUGUUGACACUGCUUAUUGAUGGACCAAAGUCACCUGGAAAUAAUAUUGAUGUAUAUUUAAGGCUUAUAGUAGACGAGAUGAAGAAGUUGUGGGAUGUAGGUGUUAACACUUAUGAUGCAUUUGGCAAUGAGAUGUUCAAAAUGCGUGCAUUAAUGUUGUGGACAAUUAAUGAUUUGCCUACAUUAGCUAUGUUGUCAGGCUGGAGUACAAAGGGUUAUCUUGCUUGUCCAGUUUGUCUUGAUGAAACUUGUUCACGUUGGUUAGUUCACGGGAGAAGAUGGUUGGAAAAGGACCAUAAAUUUCGAUAUGAGCGCAUGUCUUUUGAUGGGACCGUUGAAUUUCGUCCUUGUCCAACUCGUUUAUCUGGUCGUGAAGUCUUAGCAAUGUUUCCCGCUAACUAUGUGAAUAAAUUUGGAAUGGAGGGGGAUGAGGAUUUACCUGUUACAAAAAAAAGAAAGACACGCGAUGGAGAAGAUGAAGAUGAUUUACAAGGUAAUUGGAAGAAAAAGAACAUUUUGAUCUAUCGACUUGGGAGGAAAAUCCGCUUCGACACAAUCUUGAUGUGA